AUGGCUGCACUAGAAAGAGAAAGUUCUUCGCUGUCGGAAUUGACCAGACAGAAUGAAUCGGGGGGCCUAGAGGAUGGGGCUGCAGCCCAGGAGUCGGUGAAGGAAGGCUCCGCAGAGCAAUCGGCAUCUUCAAAUGAAUCGCAACCACAGCCUCAAACCCGUCCAUCUCUCGUUCCUCUCGGCUCCAACCAGUCCUCGACUUCGACUUCGACCUCGACCACACCGACAACAGCCCCCAAGAAAUUCAACUCCGUUAGCAUUAGCAGGAAGUUCCUAGAGAAUGCGCAAGCGGCUACUUCAUCGUCUGCGAGUACAGCCUCAACAGCUAAAACAAGCGCCGCGGUUGUACGGCCACCUGCACAACCGACCCAGUCACAGUCACGACUCGUCGCUGCAAAGCUGACAGCCACCCCGUUUUCAUCUUCUCCCGCUGGAUGGCCACGGCCGUCAUCAGUAGCCCCGACUGCUUCUCCCGGCAAUACUUCUGCAGCCAGUACUCCCCCGCUGUCCAACUCCAAGGCCGCAUCUCCAGCGCCUCAGAAACCAAAGGAUGCGACCACCAAACCAGCCUGGAACACCAAUGUCACUCCAGUCGUUCGGCCAGAUAUCCGACAGGACGACUUUCCAACAGCUGCUGAGGCGGUUAAAGGCACUGUUAAACCAAAACCUGAAGAGGCAAAGCCUGUCGAACCGAUAAAGCCGUCUAUCUCUUCGCGUGUGGAAGAUGCAGAUACUUUCCGUGGGGUACAUCUCGAUCCUAACGCCCACCACUGGGAUGAGAUGGAAGAGGAUGAUGAUGAUUUCCUCGGAGGGGUUGUCGAGUUUGGGGAUGGGCGACAAUAUAAAGUAGAAACGGUUGAGGAACCCAAAGAGGAAACAAAUCACGUACAGGAUCGUUUCGCUGACGACUUUGACCGUAGCUGGCCUAAAUCGCGCGCCUCUCCUGCCUCGUCAACUCGUGACAUCCCUGCUCCACCCUCCGCUCAUGAUGCCUCACGUAGUCCAGCAUUUUCAACCACCGGGCUGCAUUCCUCACCUCGCGAUGGUCCCCGGCAAUUGUUCAAUGAACGCUCAAAUCGACUAGAACCCUACAACCACUCAAGAGGACCCAUGUCGAGGCACAGAGAUUUCGGAGAGCCUGUUCGAGUAUUGCACAAACCUCCCAGCGAAGGUCCGCGGAGCCGCCGAUUCAGCGGUGCAAGCAACGGAUCUUCGUCAGCCUUGCCACCGCCAAGUCCCCGCGAAUUUGGACGUCGAGACGGACCACCCCCAAGUCCAAGGAUGCACCGUGACUUUGGACAUGCCAUGGGGCCGACGAGGUCAUUUGGAGGAAGGGAACGGGAUGGUAGAGGUUCGAUGGGCCCCCCACCAGUACCCGCUCACGCGAUCAAAGCUGCACAAGCGGCUGGACGACCCCUGCCGCCGCACCUCACCCAGGGCGAACCGCUUUCUAAACCAACGUUAGCGCCUGUCAACACGAGAUCGCCUAGUAUUCCUUCGCAAUCACCGAGAGCCAACCUCGCGCCGUUGUCCGCAGUCUCCCAGCAAGAUCCGAUAACUCCUCUACUUCCGCCAGGUACAGAUGUGGACGAGGUACGGAAGGAGUUGAUGAAGACAGCGGCAGAGAGGGCGAAGCAACGUCGUGAGCAGGAAGAGGCGGAGCGUGAGGCGCAGAAGGAACGUGCGAGACGGAAAGCUUUGGAGAUCGAGGAGAAGAUGAAGGCUGCCGAGCUCGAGAAGGCCAAACAAGCAGAGGCAGCCAAGCCCCCUGUACCGCCGGCACCAGCACCCUCCAAGGCGAGCACUGUCAAUGCCAUUAUCGAGGAUGCGAUUAAGAGUGUUCCCCCGUUUGUGGCCAAGCCUCGUUCAACGAGUGGGCCAUCUAGUGCCCCUGGCAAGACAUCUUCACUGUUUGGCUCUAGAGCCAGCACUACCUCUUCUGAGGAACCGAGCAAUUGGAGGGCUACCGCCAAACCUGUCUCGCCAAUCGUUCCCCCUGCUACCGCCCAAAUACGUAAAUCGUCUUCAGGUUUUGUUGCCUCUACCACAGUUGCUCUUGAUGCUGCGGUCGAUGGUGUCCGAGAGGAUUUGGAAGUUGUCGACUUUGCAGACAUGGCGAAAUUGGUGAACGGUGCACCCGCAGCACUGCCUUCUGCGGAAGUCCCAUCGUCACAGCCAAGCACGCGCCCACCUCGGCCUGUAGCCAGUGACUUCUUUGAAGAUAAAGCACGACCUGCUGAAGUCCCCAAACCAGAAGAAAGCACUUGGCGUCGGAAGCCUGUCAGUGUUCCCAGCAAGGAGGCCGAGAAGGACGCCAAGGAAUCCUCCCCUCCUUCGUCCAAAGUACCCGCGCCAAUAGCACCUCCCGCCGACCAGCAGCCAGCGCCUAAUACUACCAAGGAAACCAUCUCGCACCCUGAACUACCCAACGGUCGUCACCCGGUCAACUUGCCCUCUCCUGCCCAUCCGCAUGUUCCUCGUUCGCCUCGGAACCAGACUUUUAACAAGGAUGCCGGAAUCUCUUCACUGGACGAUGCCAUGUCAAGGAUCAAGGGAGCCAUCAGUAAUAUGAAGGCCAACGAGGGUGCCAAAGAGGAUGGUUCUCAAUUCCCUGCUAGGUCAGGCUUCAAGUCAUCGUUCCGGGAACGAUGGGUACCUCCGGCACUUCGUCCUAAAACCGUUGGCUUUAUCGACGAAGAGCAUCACGAAGUAUUUAAUGUCACUGCGGAAGAACCACCUCAUUCGCCUCUACUCGAUUCCUCUCCCAAGGUUGCCCUCCCAUCAACGUCGCAGCGGCGGGAUCCCAUCAGCAAGCGGCAACUCCAUCUCUUCCACAAGCCACCUUUUGCGGCUCGCUUUGAAUUGCUCAGCUUCGUUCCUCCCGUUGAGGGGAUGAGCAAACGUGAUUUCUCGGUGAACACCGUGUUGUUCAAGAAACCUGUGUUCUUCAGAGGCCAGAUCAAGUACCGCGUCUCUAUUCCCCGGACAAGAGGGCCUCGGUUUGGAGGUGGCCCUGGCAAGCUUACGGGAACUUUCGGUAAACCCACUGUCGCGGAUGAGGCGAAGACCUGGAGGAAACCUGCGAGUUCACAGCCCCAGCAGCAAGGAACCGUCACUAAUGCAACACAGUCACCGAUUGAUACCGGACUUCAAACGAUGAGUCGCUCUCCGCCUCCUGACAUCUCCGCUCCUGGACAAUCCGAAACGAACUUGCCUAAGACUCCAACCGCACCCACGCCCAAAGUAGAAGCUCAGCCUCCUGCCGCCCGUCCCAGGGCACCGAAGAUGCCGGCUGGCUCUGCUGUCGCCUUCAGACGGGACUCGAGAAUCGAUGUGGUUGAUGACCAGAGUUUGAAGACUUCUGUUAAUUUCAUUGUUUCGGAUGAACUCGAGGAAUCGGUGGAUAGUGCGAAGGAACAGUCGCCCAAGACACAGAACCCUGAACCUUCCAAAUCAACAUCUGAAGCCCCUGCUGCCACUGGUUCUGCCGAUGCUUCUGCCACACCGGCUCAACUUGCACCUCAGCCCUCUCAGUCAUCCGUCAGUGCAGCGGAUGCUAAGUUCUCUGACAACUCGGCCGAGAGAGUAAUAAGUUCAUCACACCAGCCAUCGCCUUGGGCGAGGUCUUCGAUCAGCUUGCCGAUGAAAGAGCCAACCUCUCGUGGUCCGGAUCCUGAACACCUGAAGGCACUCUGGUCGCAACCCACGGAGAAGCCAGAUCAGAUUCGACCUGUCAAUUCGCUGGAGGGCAUUGCAGACGACCUGAGUUCAAUACCCUUCACAUAUCCCCAGGCCAAGUCUGAGGAUGGCGCUACGCCUCCACCGAAUGCUCAACCUCCCUCUCGAAUGUCCCUGCACGAGGUCACGCGCGCUUUCCAGCAAGUGCCUCAGUCCUCGAAUGCUGCGCCUGUUCCUCCUCGGCCAGCGAUCUCUCCGCCCUCUACCAACGCCCCUGUUGCCCGACCUACGCCUUCGAAUACUAGCGGAGCCAACACUACUCCUGCAACGCCGGCCUGUUCAUACGCACCCAUACCCAACCAUGCGCGACCGUCCUAUGCAUCGUACCCCUCCCCUCUCAUGAGCCAUUCCCCAGCGCCAGGGAUGAUGUAUGCUGCACACCCACAUCCCAUGGCUGGCAGUCCGGUCCCAACUCGGAUGCCUGUGAAUGCACACACCCCACUGUACGGACAGUCAAUGUGGAUGCCUGGUCCACCAGGUCGGCCGUCUCCCUAUCCCGCACAAAUGAUGACUUACGGCACCCCUCCGGGCGCAAUUUGA